GAGGUUUAGGGGAAGUGACUGCUGAAAUCAGAGUAUAAAUGUUUUGCAAGGUCAGUCCAUGGACCAGUUAAGUGAAAAAGCAGUGGAAAUAACACAAAGCAAUGAAAAAAAAGUAGGCUACAAUACUGGAUGUGUUUGCUGAAUUUUUGAAUAUCUAGAAUGUCGUUCCUGGGCUAUGCAGCUCUGCUCUUGUGUUGGAUGCAUUGUGCUGCACAAAGAGCUUGUACAGAACCUCCUCCUCGGAGGGUAAAAGAAGUGCCUACUAAAAGAUGGGACAACCCUCCCUAUCCCCAUGGGACCCAAGCAUCGUACAGUUGUCGGCCUGGGUAUGUGAAACUCGGACGCGUUGCGUUUCAGUGCGUUGAUGGCGAGUGGAAGCAGCUGCCCCCAUUGACAGAAUGCAGAAAUAAGCCCUGUGGACAUCCUGGAGACACUGAUUUUGGUUUCUUUGAACUUACCAGUGGAAGUGAAUUUGUUUUUGGUGCCAGAGUUGAGUACAGAUGUAAUGAUGGAUACCAGAUGCUCAGCCAAAGGAAUUACCGUGAGUGUCAGGCAGAUGGAUGGAGCAAUAACAUCCCUCACUGUGAAGUGAUAAAGUGUUUACCUGUACAAGAACCUGAAAAUGGAAGGAUAAUUAUGACUGGUGCAUUUGAGCUAGGCCAAGAAUAUUCCUUUGGCCAGGUUGUAAAUUUUGAAUGUAAUGCAAAAUACAAGCUUGUUGGAGCUAAAGAAAUAGUUUGCUCUGAUAAUGGAGAAUGGAGUAACAAUGUGCCUCUGUGCAAAGAAAUUGUCUGUGAUGUGCCAGAAAUCCCUAAUGGAUAUGUCCGUUCUCCAAAGAAGUCUUACAAGGAAAAUGAGCUAAUGCAGUUUUUCUGUAAAGAAGGUUACAAAUAUGGGAACAGAGCAGAUGCACUGUGCACUGAAUCAGGAUGGAAUCCACUUCCCUAUUGCACUGAAAUUGUAUGCUCUCCUCCAGUAAUUUCCUCUGGGAACUUUAGACCUCAAAAAGACAAGUACACAGUGGGUAACACAAUCACAGUGGAGUGUGAUGAUGGGUAUCAUUUUAAAACUGUAACUGGCAGAACCACAGCUGAAUGCACCAAGAAUGGCUGGGUGCCUGAACCAGCUUGUGUCCGGAAACCGUGUGACUACCCACCUAUAGAAAAUGGCGGAUUAAGUUAUACAUAUGAGUACUAUAGAAACUACUACUUUCCAAGAAGAUUUGGACAGACUAUAGAUUACUACUGCCUUGAUGACUAUUCGACCCCCACUGGAGAAUACUGGGUUCGAGUUACCUGUACUGAAAGGGGCUGGUUUCCAGAACCAAAAUGUCUGAGAAAAUGUUUCAUCAAAGAGCUGGUAAAUGGUAAUUUCCUAUACCGUGGCUGGAAAGAUUUUUUCAAGGAAGGUGAAAGAGCCAGAUAUACCUGCCACUACGACUUCCAGGCUCAGCACAACGAGGUCACGUGCACAAGGAGUGGCUGGGCACCUCCUCCGAGAUGUACCCGUAAAAAAAAGUGCCAGAAUAUCAUUUUUGAGAAUGGCUUUUUGAACUCUGAUAGGAGAAUAUUCAAUUCAAAAGAGACGAUCCUGUAUAAAUGUCACGUUGGGUUUGUGACUCCAGAAGGACAAGAAUCAGGAUACACACAGUGUAAAGAGAGUGGCUGGACUCCACCUCCAAAAUGCAUCAAAUCAUGUAAAGCACCUGGGGACAUUUUGAUUCACCACACAAACAAAACUGUGUUCAUGCCUGGAGAUGCAAUUGAGUAUUCAUGUUUGGAGGGAUAUAAGACUACAAAUUACAUGCCAACUGAUACCACAAUAUGUGGCAAAAAUGGAGAAUGGAGUCCAGAACCCCAGUGUCGUGAAAUCGAAUGUGUGCUGCUGCCAUUGAGCGAUGGAAAUUUCUCUCCCAAAGAGGGUAAAUACCGCAGUGGAGCUGUUGUGAAAUUUACCUGUGCAAAAAACUACAUAAGGGUGGGACCUGCCUCUAGUCAGUGCUACGACUUUGGAUGGUUUCCAUCGCCACCAGUGUGUAAAGUGAAUGUCAAAGGCUGUGGACCUCCCCCUGAAAUUCCCAGUGGAAGUAUUGUUGAUGGCUCUGUGAACCAGUACCAGCAUGGGGACAGAAAGCAAUAUGAAUGUAACGGCGAAUUUAAGUUGGUUGGAUCAAAGGAAAUAGAAUGUAUUGAUGGGCAGUGGUCAUCUCCUCCCUCCUGCAUUGAUGACAAAAUGCCCUGUGAUUCACCGUCCUCUAUCCCGAAUGUUGUUCUGCAUCAGGCAGACCAGGCCCAGUAUUCACAUGGGGAUGAAGUAACCUGUGGAUGUAAACCAGGCUCUGGCAAUACUGAGAAAAUAAAAAUAAAAUGUCUUCAUGGAGAAUGGAAGCCUUUACCUGUUUGUGCUGAUGCAUCCCCUCAAUGUGUAAUUCCAGAGGAUGUUGUGCUGAUGCACUCUGGCCAGUAUCUCAUGUCAAGAAGGAAGACUGGGCUCCAAAAAGUUAUACAUUAUAAAUGUACAUUAAAUGAUGAAAAUGUUAAACAGGCAACUUGUGUGUCUGGGAGAUGGACACCAGAGAUUCCAUGUACAGCUGAGGAGAGUGUCUGCCCACCUCCACCUGAGGUGCCUGGUACUCAGGUGACAACAGCAGGAAGAAACUUCAGGAAUGGGAGUCAAGCAUUUUUUUCAUGUCCCGAUGGCUUCCAGCUCGUUGGUAAAAAGGACAUAACCUGUAUAGAAGGGCGAUGGCAAUCACCACCUCACUGUGUGGAAACACCGUGUUUGCCACCAGAUUCUGUAGAAUGUGCUGAUGCUCCCAGGCUUGAAAAUCCAAGCUUAAGAAUUGAAAGAGAAGGGAAAACAUUUUAUCUGGCUGGUGCUAGAUUUACUUAUGUUCCUCAUUCUGGACACAUGUUAAAUGGACCAACAGAGAGAAACUGCUCUAUGGGAAAAUGGACUGCAGCUCCUUUAUGUUUGGAUAUGCCGUGUGAAAGUGUUCCAAAAGUUGCCAAUGCUCAAUUUGAAGGCAGAAAGAAGGAAUCUUAUGAGCCUGGUGAAACAGUUAGCUACCAGUGUGAUCCAGGGUUCUUGAUUGUUGGUUCCCCUGAAAUUUACUGCAGGAAGGGAAAUUGGACAUCGCUACCCUUCUGUCAAGAUGCCAGCUGUGGAGCUGCGCCCGAGAUCCCCAACGCGCGCAUGGCGAGCGCUCCUCAGGAGAGGUACCUGCCCGGUGCCAUGGUGCACUAUCAGUGUGAAAGCAAUUUUCAGAUGACGGGUGAAAAUUACAUCUUUUGUUCAAAAGGUCAAUGGUCACGAUUACCAGUUUGCAGAGAUGUGAGAUGUGAUCCUCCUCCAGAAAUUGCUGGUGGUAGCAUUGAUGGUAUUAGAAAGUCCAAGUACAUGCCUGGAGAGAGUGCAGAGUAUCAAUGCUGGAAAAAUUUCAAGAUGACUGGGCCUUCUACUGUAGUGUGCAAAAACGGGACCUGGACAGAGCUGCCAACAUGCAAAGGACGAGCUGGGAGAUGUGGCACACCUCCAUCUAUUCAAAGUGGAGAGCUUCUUGUCUUCCCCUUGCAAGAAUAUCAACAAGGUGAUACUGUGGAAUACAAAUGCCCGGAUUUCUAUAUCCUGGAAGGAUCUCCGACAAUCACCUGUCUCAAUGGGCAAUGGUCAAACCCCCCAGUUUGCCUGGUGGCCUGUACGGCAUCAGAAGAAGAUAUGGACAGAAACAAUAUUGAGCUGAAAUGGGUUGAACAAAACAAGCUGUACUCCACGUCGGGUGACUUUAUUGAGUUCCGCUGUAAACCGGGAUAUUUGGAAGAUCCAAGUACUCCCAACUUCAGGGUCCAGUGUGUGGAGGGCACAUUGGAAUACCCACGGUGCACACUGGGAAGGAACUGUCAUCUGGAUAGGAUCACUAUGGAAAGGAACAAUAUUCAAUUGCAGUCAUCCAGCCAGCCAAGGCCUCUCUAUGGCUCAGGGGACCUUGUUCUGUUUGAGUGCAAGCGCUGGUACCGACCGGUUUCCCAGAGGGAGAAAUUCAGAGCACAGUGCCUGGAUGGAGUGAUCCCAUAUCCUGUGUGCAAGUAAUUGUCAUUUGGGUAAAAGGAAAUGACAUGAGAGAGCCCAGCUGGGGCAAUGACGGAGCCCUCAACCAACCCCACUGACUUGAGCUCAACUUUUCCUGGUGUUGCCCAUUUUGCUGUGCUUUGUUUGCAGCUUAGCCAAUGUUCUGUCUUGGAAUUUGUUCUUGUUUUUAUUACUGGAUGGUUGUCUUUGCAUAUUAUUCACAUUAGAUCUAGUUUUGUAAAUGUACUUACAUUUUAUGCAAACAAAGGGUUGUGCUUACAUUUUAUCCAUUCUAUCCUGAUCUCACUGUUAUUUUAUUAACAAUUGUGGCCUGAAAACAGGCUGGCUUUGGUGGCAUACUGAGACAAGAAUUAAAGCUGACAGUUAAUUUGAUUAUCAGCA